AUGCUGCUCUCGGAGGAUCCCGCAACGCUCAUCAGCCACACGAUAAACAACUUCAACAUCAACCCGGACAAGCUCGCCGUCUCGCGCAUCGGCGAAUCUCUCUCGACGCUCCAACAGGCCCGCGAGCUGCGCAUGCGCGAAGCCGAGUCGGCCCUCAAAAAGCUCUCGCGGCAACUGAACACGGUCUCCUCGCAGCACGCCGAGCUGACGUGCUCUCGCUCGGCCACGGACCACGCGUCCAAAAUCGCCACGCUGGACACGCGCAAGUUCCGCACCGCAAAGGCAGCCAGCGAUGCGGAGAUGGAGGCGGAGCGGCUGGCGCAGCAGGCGGCGGACCUGAGUGCGCGGCUGCAAGAGCUCGACCUGCAAGGGGUCGGGGGCGACGAGAACGCGCGAAGGAGGGACGCGGUCGACGACGAGGUGCUGCUGCGGUUAAAGGUGUACAGGAGUCUGGGGAUCGAUAUCGAGCGGGAUGAAAAGGACGGCGAGUGGACUCGGGCCGUGGUGAGGAGUGACGGCAGGGGGGAUGUGCACGUUGUCAACAUGGACAAGAAGUUCUCGAGAUACUUUUACGCCAAUUACUUCUGGCAGACUCUGUAG